CUUGUGUUGGAACUCGCCAUGUGACUAAUCGUCGUAAAUAUAGUUUACACACGGGAAUUACAUCUGACCUUCAUAUAGUCAACAAAAUCACUUGCAGUAAUAUCAGAGUAAUAAUGCCGAGAAAAGCGAGAUCACUUUCGAAGAGGAAGACCAUGUAAUCCUGCAUCAUUAUAUCUUUCGGAUCAAAAAUGGCGGGCUUUUCAAUCUUCGAAACUCUACACGUUGUCAAUUCGUUGUGGUAAACUGUCUAUUUGUUUUGGCCACGGCUGCAUUGGAUAGCACCUCUGAACUCAGUAAUCCUUUGGAUACUUGGCGAAAGGAAGAUCAGGAUAAUGUAUCACCCGUUAAAACACUGCAAAGGUUGGUGAAGUGUAAUAGUAGUAGUAUUUUUGGUAAUAUUUCCGCAAAGCCCCCUACUAUCGUAAAACAAAUCUGUUUCACCAAUGGUAAUGUGUUGUUUUUGUCAUUAUUUUCUCAAUCCAAGAACUGAAUGCAUAAUGUAGGAUGGGGCGGUGCGGAAAUUUUACCCUGCUUGUGAUAAAACUGUUGUUGGAUUGGCAUGUGGCUGUAAUUACACACCCAAAAAAAAUCGUUUUCCCCUCAGAACGAAUGAAACAUAGCAUGGAAAGGCGCUGUUCAGAAAUGAUGAAUUUAUGGACAAACUAAUGAACUCCUACAUCAUGAGCACUGUGGAACAGUUUGAUCUGAACUGCACUGCAGCCAGAGUGUUGUUAAAUGCCAUGCCUGGGCUGGAAAGUGCUGCAGUUUUCAGGAUAUGGUAAGUUUAGCAAGGUAUUCUAAAUCCUUCAACUCCUAAGAUCUGAUUUAAAUUCUCUCCUCUAGCUGCUACGCAUUUCCUUGUAAAUUCGUUAUGAGAAUUUGGUGUUUCACACUUUUCACGCUUUUAUUUUUUUAUUUUCUUACAUAUUUACAAGAUAUUAGAUCAAGAUGACAACUUCUUCCUGAUAAGUCUGACUAUUCUCAUUACCUUUUUGCUGGAUAAUGUAUGAAUAUUAUAGGGAGAAGUUACUUGUUAAUCACUUGUGGGAGUUAAAGUGUUGAUAAUCUUAAGAUGUGACAUUUUUUUGUCAGCUUGAGUUUCAUGUUAAAGUCCAGAAAUUGUGUCCAGUUUCUGUGGCAUGGCACUCCCUUCCUUUUUAGAAAAAAAUUAAAUACUUAAUAUUAACUCACACAAUUUCUACUUUAUCAAAUUAUGGAUGAAAAAAAAAUAUGAAUUUCUUUUAGUUACGUUAUGAAAAAGAAAAAAAAAAAAAGAGAUUUUAUUUGUUGCUCUCAGUCACCUCACUUCAGUGGAAAACACUUUAAAAAAUGCAAACUUUUCAGAUUCACUUUCAUUUUUCCUUAAUUAAGAAAUACAUAUUUCUUUAACAGAGUAAGAGAGAUGGCAAGUUUUGAGCUUGGUAAAGAAAUAGAGAAAGAUGUUUUUUGUCUUGUCACAACAAAGAAAAAAUUCUGAUCUGAGUCCCCACGUUGAAUCAAACCUUAGAUCUUGGGAUUCUGGGGUCUGAUGCUCUACCAAUGAGCCACAGAGACUCUGCGGUGAGUGAGGUUUAUUACAAAGUUCAGUGACACUUGUCCUGCAUACUGCUAGGAUCAGCAAUGUUGUUAGCAUCAUGUUUGUAAACAGAAUAUGACUCAGAAUUUUUUUCUUUUUCCUACACAUGUGACAAGAUGAAAAACAUCUUUCUUUAUUUCUUUACUGAGUUCAAAACUUACCAUCUCUCAUGCUAUUUAUAAACAUGAUGCUAUGCAGGACACUAUGCAGGAUGCAUGUCAUAUGAACUUUGUAAUAGACCUCACUCACUGUGAGUCUCUGGCUCCAGUGGAAGCAUUGGAGUGUAUGGAAUCUGAAGGUCUGGGGUUCAAUUCCUCAUGGGACUCAGAAUUCUUUCUUGUCCUACACUUGUGAUGAGACAAUAAACAUCUUUCUCAUAUUUUUCGUAUCAACAAAUUAUACCAAGUGGGUUGGAGAAGCCUUAGAACCCUAAGAUCAUAUGCUACAGGUAUUUGUCAUAGUUUACUGGUCUUUUUAUACAGUAAUUCAGGCUUUGAACAUUUUGGUCACCAUAACUGAAAAAAGAGAAAAAAGAAAAAUUUAGCUGACAAAAUAUUUAGCAUCAAGUGGCCUCCUGGGAAUUAGAUUUAUCUCAUUCUUGUACAGCUUCAGCUUCUGAAUUAACUCAAUUUUUGUGUACAUGUUUAUUAACUGGGUGUAAGUAGAAGGUUGUUUUAGUUAGGGUGAUCCAAGGUAGUGUACAAGGUUAAGAUAUAGAUAGUCAUUGUUUCAUUGAGGAUUAUAAUAUUCCUUUUGUUCAUUUUAAUGUGUAUGUGCUGCAGUUGCAUAUUUAAUUUGCUUUUAAUUUCAAGUAUCAAGUAAUAGAAACUUUGAUAAUUAUUUUAUUAACAGGUCUUUUAGCAUUUGCCAUGGAGAACCAGGAUAUUGCUGCAGUAUUCAGAGAAGAAAACUCUACCUUGGUAAGUCAGUAUAGCAACUUUUAAAGAGUGACCAGUAUCUAAUUUCUCCUUACAAUAUCUCCCCUGAAUCAAACAUAAAGGCUAUGAGAGAACAAAGAAAUGAUCACCAAAUAAAGAAAGUUUUGACAUCUUGUUAAAUAAAUUCUCCAAGUCAACAACUAAAGAAAUGUAUAUAGAACAGUAUGGAGAUAUGCAUACUGAUGUUAGGUGAAAAGGGUUUAAAAUAUUACACCUUAGCUUUGUGCUUAAUAGCAUUUAUUUUCCAAAAGUCGAGUGUAUAGUUGAGUUUACACUUCUCAGAAUUGUCCUUUGUCCUCAUAGCAUUUUUGUUUGGAUCACCUUUUUUAAACUAUAUUGAGGAUUAAAUAGCAAUUUCACAUGUUUAGGGUUCCUGUAUGCCGCAAGGCAGCAUUUUAAAGGACUUCUCGGACCUUAUACAGUCCUUCUGACAGACCCUGUUAAAUAGGAUUAUCCUGAAGGCAAAAAAACAGGAACAAGAGCAAAAAUAGUAAAUAUUGUGAGUAACAAAGUAAAGAAAGUGAAUCUUGCUGAGCCAGGACCAUCAUGCACAGUGCCACAGAAUGGUGAAACAUCUGUUUUGUGUAAUGGAAGUGGGAAGAAACAAAUAUAGACAAUGGAUAGGGUUAGUUCACUUUUUGAGUAUUGUAACUCAGAUUUGCCCCCUCUGCCAGUGAGUUGAAUCUUUAACAACUUUAAGUUGAUUUAAGCCUUUUCAAACCGGAGUGGUAUGGACUGGUUUGCAACUUGAAGGCUCAAUUAUUCUCCUUGGGUUUCACUUUGACAGCUGAGGCAGUGCUUUUAGUAAGACCCAGCACCAGUAGGAGCUCAGCGGGUAUUCUGUAGUGAAUUGCCAGGUAUACUCUGGGAGCUUUCAUGCAAAACUCAUGAUGAGAGACCCUAAACACCUUGAGAUCUUCCUAGAGUUCUUUUUCAGUCAACUUUUACCUUUAUAAAUGAGUUUUGAUGAAAUGAUUGGUAUUUUCUUAUCAUAUAUUCUAGCAUACAUUUCCUUACAUUUGCAAUAAAAAGAAGAUAUUUUGAGUUUCAACAGCAGUCUGACUCAAAUUUUAUUAAACUUCAUUUACCAUAUAUCCUUUCAGAGGACUUUUGUGUGUGAAACUCAGGGAGCAGGCUUGCAUGUCAGGGAAAUGGAAAAUUUUGAUCAGGAAUAGAAUGAUCAGUUAAACAAUUUUUUAUCAAGAACAAAAUAUUUAAUGAUCAUCUGUGAAAGUUUAGCACCAAAAACUCUGUUUUAAGCCAGUUUAUUCUGAAUAAAGUAAUGGGAUUACAAGAGGGAAUUCUGGCAGGUGCCUUACCAUUAGGCAGCAACCCUUCUUCAAAAUCUUAUUGAAAGCACUAGGAUAAUGUGAUGAAUAAGUUCCAAUAAAAAGUGAAAGAUCUUUUGGAUGGGGUCCUUGAAGCUUUUAAUGAAAUAAACACUAGAUACCAGUAAGUGCAAAUAGGGUCUUUGAGAGGUCGAGUUUAUUUUUUUUUUUUGCCUCAAAAUUCCACUCUUGUGAAAAAUGUUGGAAAGCUGCACUUUAUGUUUUUUUUUUGACCCUUUGACUCCCAAAAUCAGAUUGUUAAUUCUCCCCUAUAGUUGCUACAUCUUUCCAUGUAAAUUAGUUAUGAGAAUUUGGUAUUUAGAUCAAGAUAACAACCUCUGCUUGAUAAGUUUGUGUAUUCUCAUUAGCUGUUAAGUGAAUUACGUAUGUACAUUAUAGAGAGAAGUUACAUGUUGAUCACUUCUGGGAGUUUACGGGAAACAAGGUUAGCUUUCAAUUUUGAACUAGGGGGGAUUUGAUAGUAUAUCUAGGUGGUCACAAUAACAUAGAUUGAGAAGUGUCCUUCCUCAAGCACUUCAGUAUUUGUGCUUAUUAUCAUUUGUUUUUCUUCUUUUGUGUCAAGGGGGGGGGAGGAGGGGGGUGCCAGGAAGGAAGUACUCCAAGUAGAUUUGCCCUGCACAAGCCAGCUCAGUUUCCUUAAUAUUAAUAAAUAUUUUCUUUUUGUUUCAGGUAAAAGUUGUCUACAAGCAAAACAUCCAUUGUUAAUUAAAACAAGCAAGGGUUUCCGUUCCACUGGAAAUGUAAUUUAUGCACCUAAGGGAGGGGACCACAUAGUCCCUAUGUCCUUUUUCCUCUCCCCCCCUGACUCUUGGCAUGCAGCAGAGACUAAUUCUGCAGUAUCUGACUCCCUUGGGAGAAUAUCAGGAGGUAUGUGCUGUAAUAAGGCACUUGAUCAUUUGAUGUAAUGAGAAGAACUGUAAGACUUUCUCCACUGAAGUUUGUGGGAAGCUUGUGAGAAACGUGUACUCAAUCUGAAGGAUAAUUUCGAAACUUAAGUUUGAGCGAGGACCGACUAUUAAACAGUAGCCUCUGUUUAGUGUAAAAAUAUGCUCGUAAUUUUUUUUGGUGGACAUUUAUUUUGUCUAGAGAGGCCAAGAAUUUUCGGAGAGUAAAGCUUGAGGAAAACUGUGUGCUUUUAGGAACGGAUCAUGUUUAAAGACAAAAUAUACGUGUAUAUAUUAGAGCCAAAUUGAGGACGUAUUCUUUUGCUUUUUAUCCCUCAAAUAUUUUUUUGCAGUGCAGAACAAUCAGCUUAGCGUUGAAAACGGAUGUUGAAUUUUCGAAGAGACUUCACAAACAAACAAAUUUGUCUCUCCUUCAUUAUCAACUUGGAUCGACUUCUAAAGAAAAAAAAAGAGCAGAGCGAUAUGACCUUGUGAAAUCAAACCAAAGAAUCAGAAGCAAAAUACUAAUGCCACUUAUGACUCCUUCGCUAAUGACAUGUGAAAAAUAAAUUGUUGGAGUUUUGAGCCAUCGGUUAGCUCAGUUAAGAACUGGCAUUGCCUGUGAUUCCGACAAUCUAGUUUUCACUGGAUCAUAAGCGUUGGAGUUCUUAGCGGAAUCGGAAGAAAAGAAAUUGCUCGGAAUAUUCCAACUCCUAUUUCGUCAAGCUUUGGGCUCCACUUACGACUCCGACUCUCGAUUUUCUCUGGGUCGCUGGCGCUCCUACGACUAAUGAACAAUUCGACACCAAUUCUGUCUAUUGUGUAAACGAAACUUUAGAUACUCUACCACAUUCAUCCCUCUUGAAAAACACUACUUUAACUCUUCAACUCCCAGAUCAAAUUUGUAAUUCUCCUUACUGUCAACCAUAGAAUUCUUUUAAUGUUACUUCGGAUAAUUUAGUAUUGGAUCAGCUAAUCCUGCCCGAAUUGAUAAUUGAUAAUGACGUGCCGGCAAAUUGGCUCUCGCUAAUGAGUUCUGAAUUUAGGGAACACACUCGCGGCAAAGUAAUUAAUUUUUCUGUUACGAAUAAUAGGGAACUGGCAUACGGUAGCCAGUUUACUUUAUCUCAGUUGAUAACAUUAAAUUAAAUUUGAAUCUCUUUCUUUAUUGCUGGAAGUUCAGAGGAGUGAGAAUUGCAGUAAAGAAGACAAUCAGAGCGUUUUGUUGUUGUUUAUAGCUCAAGGAUGCCUUUAUUUUAUGAGAAUUGACCUCAAUGUUCUUAAACAUCAGUAUAUUAUGCAAAUUUUUUUUUUUAUCUAAAAAGCACUUGCUCAUCAUAAAGGAACCACAAAUAUGUUACCUUAAAAACAAAACAAGCAUAGCUAAGAUGGACA